AUGUCAGAUCCUCGUUCAUUGAUAGCAGAAGCUGAAAAACUACUUAAACCACAACUGGGAUUUUUUCUGUUUUUAUCAGGUUCUUCUUCAUCUAUGAGAAAGGAAGAUGCUACAGACCUUUACAUUCAAGCAGCAAACCUGUACCGUUUACUGAAAGAUUUUAACCAGGCAGGUGCUCAAUUUGUGAAAGCUGCAGAAAUUCAAGAAAGUUUAGGAAACCAUAAUGAUUGUGCCAACCAUUUGGUUGAAGCAUAUAAAUGUUUUAAAGGUGUUUCUCCAUCAGACGCAAUUUCAGCCUUAUCUAAAGCAAUCCAUAUUUUCUUGACUCAAAAUGGUCAAUUUAGAAGAGCAGCCAAUUUUACUAUGGAUUUAGCAGAACUUUAUGAGAGUGUAAAUGAUAAUGAAAGUGCUGCCAAAAGUUAUGAACAAGCUGGUGAUUAUUUUACUACUGAUCAUGCUGAGGCUCUUGCAAACAAGGCAUUUUUGAAAUGUGCUGAUUUGUUUGCCCUUGAUGGAAACUAUAAGAAAGCUGUUGAAUUAUAUAAUAACAUAAUAAAGAAUCUGCUUGGUAACUCUUCAUCAAGAUGGAGUUUAAAAGAUCAUUUCUUUAAGGUCAUAUUGUGUGUUUUGUGUAUGGAUGAUGUUAUUGAAGCAAACAAAAGAACCGACCAAUUCCUUCAAGACGAUCCUAGUUGGGCUCAAUCCAGAGAAUACAAGUUGGUUCAAGGUAUCCUUGAUAGCAUUGAUCAAGGUGAUGUCGAAGGAUUUUCAGACAAAGUUUUUGAUUAUGAUCAAUUUAGUAAGCUUGACAAGUUGAAGACACAAUUGUUAUUGAAAGUCAAGAAUUCAGUAGUCGCUAAAGAUGAUGAUGAUUUAUUGUAG